CGAAUUGGAGGUCUAGAUGAGCUUCUCGACCGCCAGAGCCGAGAGAGGAGAGAAGCCGCACGGCCUGCCGAGAGCCCCGUCUGGUAAAUAGCGCAAAAGUCGUCUUCGGGGAUGAACCGUUCGAACACACAGCAGCAGCAGCAGGGCGAUGGGACCAGAGAGGCAAACAACAACAUGAAGAACGAGGCUGUUUACGACUUUUAUGGGAAGCACCUGGUGUACCCCAAGAGCUCGCUGUACCUCUUCAGCGAGAAGAGCCGAGUGCGGGUGGCAUUUGUCAAGCUUGUCGCGCACCCCUGGUUCGAUCGCUUCAUCCUGCUCGUGAUUGCCUUGAACUCCAUCGUGCUUGCCCUGACGGACUGGACUCGAAUCGACGAGGAUCCUAGCUCGGAGCAUGUCGGCGAGCCGAUUGCGGAAGGGUCGUGGAGAAACACGCUGCUGUACGAGACCGAGAGCAUGUUCACGGCAAUUUUUACCCUGGAGUUCGUGCUGAAGGUAGUUUCUCAGGGCUUUAUUUUCGGCCACGGAGCGUACCUGAGAGACGCUUGGAAUGUGCUCGACUUCGUGGUGGUGGUCACUGCGGUCCUGACGAGCAUUCCCGGAAUGCCGACGGCGACGGCGAUUCGCGUUUUCCGGGUGCUGAGGCCGCUCCGGAGCCUUUCCACACUUCCCGGCCUGCAGCAUCUAGUGGUCAGCAUGCUCAAGUCUGUUCCUCAGCUGGUGAGCGUCCUCAUUCUCUUGCAGUUCAUCUUCGUCGUGUUCGGCAUCCUCGGCAUCCAACUCUUCGCUGGCAAGCAGCACUCUCGGUGUCGCCUCACACCGUACCCGGUCACCACGGCCUUCGAGACGGGGAUGGACUACGCGGACCACCGGUGCCUCGAGGCCAGCAACUUCGACGUCGUGGACGAAGACAACUCCUGGACCCAGAGCAGCAGCCCCUGGUCCACGCCGCAGGACUGCUGGUGGCCGCUGGACACCGACGACACCCGGCUGUGCGCCUUCGACGACUCGCCGGGCAACCACCAGUGCGAGCACGACCCUGCAUACCUCAACGAGAGCGACUUCCGGUGGUGCGGGAGCGACUACGACGCGCUCGGCAACCGGCGCUUCGAGGGCGGGGUGACGCUCGAGGGGUCGCCGUGGGGGGGCUGGAACCUGACGGACAACGCCACGUUUGUGGAGGACCUGGCCUGGGGCUACACGACCUUCGACAACAUCUUCGUCGCCUUCCUGACGAUCUUCCAGAGCAUCACGCUCGAGGGGUGGUCCGACAUCCUGUACCAGGUGGUCGUGGACUGUGUGUGUGUGUGUGUAUUGUUUUUUGUCUUGUUCCAAGGGCAUUGUCGUCGCCGUCGGUGCUUGGUGUUGCUGGUGUUGCUACUGCUGACACGACGACGUGCGUGGUCUCUCGGCGGUUGCGGCGCUUUUUUUCGUUGGCAGGUUAAGGAUUGCAGCCGGCCCGUUCUCGCAGACCUGUUUUUCAUCGUCCUCGUGCUGUGGGGGGCCUUCUUCACCCUCAACCUUCUGCUGGCGGUCCUGGAGAAUAACUUCAGCCAGGGCGGGGAAGAAGACGAGGCGAGGCAGGCGGCGGCGGCGGAGCAGCGGCAACAGGAGCAACAGGCGGACAGCAGCAUCGACGACGUGCUGGGCGUAUCCGUGGAGGAAAAGGCGAUUGCUGCCGAACGAGAGGUUGAAGAUGGAGAGGCUGGGGUAAAAGCUGCUGCUGCUGCCGCUGCUGAUGGCCUGGCAGCGACGGAGGAAGGAAGGAGGACCGGGGGCGGGGAGGGGGCGGCGUGGGGGUUGGGGGUGGAAGGAGGGACAAGAGAGGAGUUACUCUCCGACAGAUGUCACAGCAUCAGUAGCAGCGGUAGCGGUGGUAGCGAGACUGAGGGCUACCGUGACUGGCGCGUGAUAUUGUGGCGUCUGACCGCUAGCGACGCGUUUCUGCGCUCGAUAACGACCCUGAUCAUCCUCAACACGCUGACGUUGGCCUUGGAUCACCACCCCAUGGACGAUGACUUCUCCACGGUGCUCGACUUGUUGAACUUGGUCUUCACGCUGUGCUUCGCGUUGGAGAUGGCUUUGAAGCUGGUGGCACUGGGGCCGCGGGGAUAUGCGAAGGACAAGUUCAACCUAUUCGACGGGCUGGUUGUCUUGAGCAGCCUGGUGGAGCUUGCCAUCUGGCCGCCCAACAUCUUGACAGGGGGGGAAGGAGAGGACUGGGGCGGGGGGCUGUCGGCACUGAGAUCGUUCCGCGUGCUCCGCAUCUUGAAGCUCGCCAGGGGGUGGAGCUCAAUGCGCGAUCUGCUGGAAACGUUGCGGAAGACGCUCCUCGACAUCGGCAACUUCGCGCUGCUGCUCCUGCUGUUCAUGUUCAUCUACGUGCUCAUCGGCGUGCAGUUCUUCGCAAACCGCCUCCACUUCGCGGAGGACGGCAGGGUCAUCGGGAUAGGGGAGGAAGGGUACUACGACGCCAAGGUCCCGCGGUCGAACUUCGACACGCUACUCCACGCGUUCACGACGGUCUUCGAGGUCCUCUCUGGCGAGAAUUGGAACGCCACCAUGUACAGCGCGAGGCGCGCCGUCGGCUGGGUGAGCGUGAUCUACUUCGUGAGCCUCAUCGUCGUGGGGAUGAUGAUCGUCAUGAGCCUCUUCUUGGCCAUCCUCCUCAGCCACUUCGCGACGCCUGAACAGGACGAAGCGGUCGCCGAGGACAGGGAGCGCCGGCAGGAGAAAGAGAAGCUGGAGCGGCAGCAGCAGCAGCAGCAGCAGAGUUUGACGGGGGCUACACCGGCGAAGCACGAGGAGGGUAAGAACGGGGUAGGGAUGAAGGGGGAGGAGGAGGAGGAGGAGGAGGAGGAGGACGUGGCGGCAAGGAAAGAGGGAGCGGAAAGGAACGGCGCUGACGGCGGCAACAAAGGGCCUCGGACACAAGGCUGGUACACCUCUGAGCUGGACGAGUCCUUCCGCGGUGCCAACUCCUUUUUUGACAGUGACAGCCCGGGUACCGCCGCUCAGCGUGCUCUCUGGCGGGCCCACAGAGCUGCGUCGACGGCGCCCUUUGGCUCUGUGGGAACAAGGGGGGUUCCGCACGCCACCGGAGAAAUAGAGGAGGAGAGGGAGGAGGAGGAGGAGCACGCACAUCAACACCACCUCACGAACAGCAACAACAACAGCGACGCAGAGGUAGCAGGGAGCUGGGACACCAACGAGAGCCCCGACAACGGUAGCGACGAAGUCGACGCGGACGCCAAUAGCGGCGACCCGGGCUCGGAGAGGAAGGAGAACGCCGGGUGCUUCUCCCUGAGCCGCCUGGGCGCGAGCGUCGCCGGGUACGCGGCCGGCGCCGUCCGCAGCGUCAAGGUGCCCGAGAACAUCUACCCGGGGUUCGCCCUGUGCUGCCUCUCUGCGAAGAACCCGUGGAGGAGGGGCUGCGCCGCGGUCGUCAGCAACGCGGGCUUCUCCCGCCUCGUGACCCUCCUGAUCGUGCUGAGCUCGCUCACUUUGGCGCUGGACUCCCCGCUCCGGGACCCCGACUCGACGGCAGCGGAGGCCCUCGGGACCCUCGAGCUCGCGCUGACGUUCCUGUUCGUCCUCGAGGGCGUGCUCAAAGUCUGCGCCUCCGGAUUCUACUUCAUGCCUCUGGCGUACUUGCGGGACGCGUGGAACGUACUGGACUUCGGGGUGGUGAUGGUCUCGGUCGUCCAGCUGUUUCUCGUCCGCGGGGCCGGCUUGUCCGGCCUUCGGUCUCUUCGCGCGCUGAGAGCCCUCCGUCCUCUGAGGAUCGUCAAGCGGUUUCCCGGGCUCAAGCUCGUCCUCGAGGCCCUCAUCGGGUCCGUCCAGGGCGUGUUCAACGUGGCGGCGGUGUGCUUCCUGUUCUACAUCAUCUUCGCCAUCCUGUGCGUGAACUACUUCAAGGGCCUCCUCAUGUCCUGCCAGGGGGACGCCUUCGACGCCCUCCCCGGGGAGGUGGUGUCCUUCCUCGAGGACCCGCUGCCCUGGUCCGACAUGUCAUCCGGGCAGCGGGAGUGGUUCGGCCCCCUGAGCAACGUCUCGGAGGCGUUCUCGGGGGACGGUUUCAGCAGCAGCAUCGGCGGUAACCUUUCGACCUCGGGGGUAGAGUACUGCGACGUGAUCACCGGCGGCUUGUGGCCGGAUGCGGCGGGCUGCUGCUCCGCGUGGCCGACGUCGGCUGAAGAAGCCCCGACUAGCUAUGAGGUCUGCGAGUGCCUCGGACUGUCGUGGGCGGAGACCAUCCCGCAGCAGUUCGACAACGUCGCGGUGUCCCUCCUGACCCUGUUCGAGAUCUCCACGACCGAGGCGUGGACGUCGGUGACGUACGCGGCGGUGGACGCGUCGGGGGUCGGCAUGCAGCCGAUCCGAGACCACGUGAUGGCAAGAGUGUGGCUUUUCAUCCUCUUCAUGCUGCUGGGCGCGUACCUCGUCAUGAACCUCUUCGUAGGGGUUAUCGUUGACAACUUCAAGAAGAUGAAAGCGCGGGCGGAGGAGGGCGGUCUGCUGGUGACGGGACACCAGCGCUUGUGGAUCAAGACGCAGCUGAUCAUGCGCCGCCUAAGGCCGAUGAAGCGCAUACAGCCCCCUCCAGACCGUCUCGGAUCGUUAUGCUUCCGGUUGAUAAACUUUCCGUGGUUCGACUCGGCGGUGAUGGUGUGCAUCGUCCUGAACACGGUCGUCUUGGCCAUGAAAUACUUCGGCCAGAGCAACCUGUACACAAGGUACAGAAGCGCGCAGUAG